CCCUACUGCUCACUUAUACUGUUGUUCUUGCUGGUUUUUAUAGUCAGAUAAGAAUUAGUCUGGUUUCUCAGCUCGCGUGCUUGUAAAGGUGGCGGUGGGUGAGCCAAGAUGUUGCCUGCAGGUUUAGAUGACUUCAUGAGUCAUGUCCUUUCGCAAAUUGCAAGCAGUAACGGAUUUGAUAUUAGGUUCCCCGGGCAUGGGGAUGAUGGGGAGAACGACGGCAGCGGCGACGACGAUGUCGCACCCCUGGCAAGACACUCUCCACUUGGCCCACAAGACGAGGACAGCUUCCGCCACUUCCUAGCCCAACUCCGCGACCCCGCCACCUCCGCCCCAACCAAAGUCGCCCUCAUGCACCGCCUGCUAGCCGACCUCCGAGCCGCCACCGCCCGCCAGCCGCCGCGAGCCCUGCUUGCCGUACCGGGGGCCGUCGCGCAGCUCUGCGCCCUCGUCACCAGCGACUGGCCGCGGCGAGGCGACUUGGCGGCGUCGGCCGCCGACGUGGACCUGGUAGUGGCGCUGCGGCCGCCACCGCCGCCCACGGGUAACGCCGGCGGCAGCGGCAGUAAUGCGCGCCGGCGGCAGGCGGCGGCGGCUGCCGCCGCCGCCCCCCGCAUCACCCGUCUACCCCACCACAGCCUGCGGCGUGUCACCACCGCCGUAUUAACCGAGCUGGCUCGCUGGUUGGAUUCCGUCAAUGCAAUGUGGGACGCACUGUUCUUUCAGCACCUGCCCACCAUCCUAGCAGAUCUGGCCGAGCGGUACAAGUACGGACAAACGUAUGGCAGGAUGUACGGCAGAGGUCAGCGUACGGAUCAGGGGCAGUACAUGUACGAACGGCUCCUAACCCUGUGUUCAGAAAGUGCGGCGGAGAGUACUGUCGUACGGCAUUUCGUGGCGAACAAACUGUUCGACGUGGUUGUACAGCGCUACCCCAGAUUGGACGUACGCAAUGCAAGGCGAUCCGCUUGGCCCAGGCUGCGACCUCGGCCCAUGGACGAUGACUGCUGCCCCUACUCCGCAUGCUCCUGGCCCGCACGACCCGGGCCCCAGUGUGACAGCGAGGGGGUCACCGCCUGGUUUGAAUCCCAGCUGGAUUCCGAUUCCGGCUCCGAGGCUGCUGGGCGCGAGGACGAGGAGGCCGAGGCCGAGGCCGAGGAGGGGGGUGCGGGGGGUGCGGUGUCGUGGUUGGGUCGGCGCGCGGUGAACGCUGGUGCGGGUGCGGAGGUGCCUCAGCUGGCUGCGCCCGACGUGCCCCCCUCCCGGCUCUUGGGGGUGCCGCCGGGCAUGGAGGGGAUGUUCGGUGCGGAUGUGGAGCCGGGGCCAGACAGCCGGGACCCGCUGCCCACCGCCUUCCUGCGCUUCCUCUCCUGCAGCUGGCCCAGCCUGCCGGCGGAGGCUCGGCUGCGGCCGCUGCAGCGGGGGCUGCUGGCGGCACUGACGGCCUUUCCCGCGGACACCUCCUCGCGGCAGCUGCUGGAGGGGCCGCUCAUGUACCGCAUGCGGGAGGCCUACCACGGCGCCGUGCUGCACCAGUUCGCCGCCCUGCGCUCCGCCGACGCCCGCCUGCGCGACCGCGCCGCGCGGCUGCGGCUGGCGGGCAACCAGGCGUUCAAGGCGGGGCAGCUGGAGGCGGCGCUGCAGUGCUACACGCAGGCGGUGGCGCUUGACUGGGACGAGCCGGUGCACCGGAACAACAGGUGCUUCACGCUGACCAAGCUGGGGCGGCUGGCGGAGGCGCGUGCGGAGGGGCUGCACAGCCUGGCUUGCGACCCGCGCAACGCCCGCUCCUGGUCCCGGCUGGCGGCGGUGUUUGAGGCCCUCAAGCAGCCCCAGGCGGCCCAGCUGUGCUACCGGCAGUCCCUGUCGCUGCUGGCCCCCCGGGGGGACGAGGAGCUGGAGGGCAGGGUGCGGGGGGUGGAGCUGCAGCUCAAAGUUCCGCGCCCUGGAGGAAAUGGUGGAGGAGUCGCUUCUGUUCGUGCGCGGCGGCGCGGAGGGGCCCCCGAGCCCGGAGUCCCGCAGCCCGCAGCUGACCGCCGCCACCUCCUCCGAGGCCUACGUCGCCACUGUGACGCUGCUGCCGCUGUGGGAGGCGGCGUGUGCGGUUGAAGAGGCGCCCCGGGUGCGGCAGGACAUGGGCGUUCGCUGGAACCUCAGUUGGUCGGAUAUGGGAAUACGGGAGCCUAACACCGGCCUGGUGUACUACAUGAUAACCUGCAUGGACGGGGCGACGUGCGUCACACGCGCGGGGGGGCGGAUGAUCCAGGGCAAGCCGCGGCUGGCUGUGCUGCGAGUUAUGCUGUGCGCCGCCAUGGCGCGACCAAUCAAGGGGGAGCCCAUGCGGCCGCACAGCGUGUUCCUGGCGCACCGGGCCGUGCCGUACUACGCGCAGCUGAAGGCCGUGUUCGAGCCCAUGAAGGUCGAGAUCGUCUGCGAAACACAACACGAGGCGGAUCAGUCCGCUGCCAACUACAACACCGACCCAGCCGGCUACAACCAGCGGGACCACUACGGUGACGAGAUAUCGGACGAGGUGGCGGCGGCAGCAGCAGGAGGAAGAGGCGGCAGCAGCAGCAGCGGCGGCGGCCAGCGCGUCUCAGCAGCAGCCACGGCAGCCGCAGCCUCCCCCCGGCAGCAGCCGCGGCACCCCACCGAGGUCCUCAGCGAUGACGACGCGAGUGCGACCUAUCGGGUGAUGCUGGCGGAGGCGGCAGAGGAGGCGGAAGCGGGAGCGGGAGCGGCGACGGG